AAUGCGCUGGAAUGAAAGGAAAAUCCCAACACACUCCCCUCCUUGACUCACUCUGAGUCAAGCAUGAACCUUGUUUUCCAUUCUGCGUCCUUGGCUGCUGCUCGCCUAGCCCUAGAAGGUGGUAAGUAUUCACCCCCAUCCUCUUCUCUCUUUUCACGAUCUGUUUCUUGUCUGCGACUACCUAGGUCUGCACAUCUAACUUCAAAUGGAUAAAACUUCUGCAAUGGUCUAUUCAAAAACUCUGGCUUACCCUUGCCUCCAAUACGUAACUUAGCACCUCUUACCACUCCGUCUUUUCCGGAAAUCAGUUCUUUAACCAAUCCCAUCUUCCAAUUACCUCAUUUUACAUUGUCCUCUUUGAUCAGUAUGAUAUCUCCAACUUUUGUCUCAGGGUUAUUUCCAUGACUCGAUCUAUGUACUUCUCGUUAAUCUGCAAGAUAUUCCCGUCUCCAUCGAGACCAAAAAUGAUCUAAUCUUUUAACGAGAAAUAAAAAACGUUUCUUGUAGGAAGGAAUGUCAUCGUCAGAUAAAUCUGUUUUACACUCAACCCCUUCAGCCAGUUUUGGUAACCUUCUACCGUCCAUUAAAUGGAAUGGUGUCAAUGCUUCAAAGCCUUACUCAUCAUAUACAUAUGUUAACGGUCUGGAAUUUAGUUACCAUUCAAUUUCUAUCAACAAUGUAUUUAAAGGGGAAGUUCGGUCUAAAAUGAAAUUUGGCUAUAUUGCUGUAAAUAUAACAGAAGGCUUUGUUGUGAAUUGUUUUUGCUCUUACCUCUCAUUUUACUCUGUUAUUCCACGAAAAUUGUCUCCUAAAAUCGCCUCGCGAUAGGCCGCCAUCUUCAACUCUCACGAGGAUAAUGUUGUUGUUGCCUUUGACAUCAUCACGUUCAGAAGAUCGCAGUGAGUCACUGAAUGAGCGCUGCUUACGCAGUCAAUAGUAUUUUUAUCAUUCAACCCCAUUGUAUUUAUUGCUCAACCCACAUAAUAUUCACAGAUUUAUGUAAAAGUAUAGAGAACAGACAUAUUUUUCAACUGCAAGAUUUCGUUUUUACCGCAAAAUGGCUGAAAAAUUCAUUGAUGAAGUCUUGUCAUCAGAAGAGAGCGCAGAUGGAAACUGUGAAUCGGAGGAUAAUGCGGUUCCUGAAAUAAAUCGUUUAAAGCCUUUUGAUAUGGAACCUAGGCGGAAACUUGAAGACUGGGAACUGAACGAUUUGGAUGGAGAAUCAGAUGAUUCUACUGAGAGUGAAUCUGAAAGAGAGAGAAUCGGAAAUGCCUACUGGUGCGUUUGUGGGGGUAAAUGUAAGGCAAUGGAAACAUACGCCGAAAGUCUUUGCUGCCAAGAAACUAACGAUAUUCCAGAAAAUUACUUCCAAGGCCAAAGUUGCAUAUCUUUGUCUGCGGAUUUCAAGAUUGUUUGUUUGACCAGAGCUGUACUCGAAACUGCCCUGUCUGCUAUGAACAACUUGAGAGGAGACAAGCUUGUUAUAAAUAACAGGUAAGUAAAACACUGUUUCUUUACAUGUUAAAAAGGCAAAAGCCUUUUAGGUUGAAACACUGAAUAAAAAGUCCUUUUCAUUGUAAAUAUUGAAGACAUAACAAAUCGUGGCUAGAAAUUUCUAACA